UUGAAUAACCCAUCCUUAUUGUGUAACGUCUAUGUUGUCUUUGGAUCACCAUACAUACUGAUGUACUUUAUCUCUUCAGUUGUGGAAGAAAACUCGGCUCUCAGCAUCCAUCACUCGUCUGAUGUAUUUUUCGUAACGGGAAGCACUUUGAAACCACGAACAUAGAAUACAUAAUCAAUAUUGUUUAUUCUAAUUUUAACUUUGAAUCCUUCUGUAGGAUCUAUAAUCACUUAUCCCUGUUUCAGUUUUAGUCGCAUAUGAAAUGUAAUUAAUUGCCCGGUUAGCUUUCCUAACGUAAACUAUAAUCUCCUUUAUAGACUUGCGAAGAAUACUCCUAUAAUUUCAUUACAUCAUUCUUACUAAACAACUGUUGCAACUGAUGAACUGAUCUCUGAAUUUUCUGUCUUGCAAUGUAUCUUCUAAAGUCCUUAGUUCUUCAAACAUUUUCUCAUGUGUUUCCAUAUAUUUCUCGCGGUGUUAUUAACAAGUGGCUACCUUUGAUCUCGUUAUGGAUAAAUUGCGAUUAUUGUUUAGUCAGCUUACAUCCCUACUCCCAUCAUCUGACUUCUCCGAUCCAGACCCUUGUAUUCGACUUCGUGAAGGAGUUGAAGCGUAUGUACAAAAGUCUAAUGAUGAAAACUUACUGUUUGAUCUUAAUGGCACAGAAGUUCAUGAGGCAUUUUAUUUGUGCUGUCUUAAUUUUCUGCACGCUUGUAAUGACUUAUAUGAAAGCAAUGCAGCCAACGAUAGCGCUGACAUCCCUAUUUUCAGUGUGUUUCAGGAAAAAAAAUUGUCUUCAUGCCUUCAAUUUGUUGUCGCAUAUGGCGUUUAUCCGCUUUUAGAAACCGGAGUUUCAUUGCCCUUAAGUAUGCGUUUGGAAAAUUAUGAAAAGUUCAUCUGUCCUCGGAAGGAAAAAGAUGAAGAAAGAAUUGAAAAACUGAUGAAGAUUAUCAAGUGUUUGCUUUCCUUGAGACAGUCUAAAUCUUUUCAGUUACAACGAUUAGUCAGCACCACUUCAUUUCUGGGUGAUUUAAUUGCAAGUUUAUUUCAAUCUGCUUUCGGAAUGGAUUCAUAUUUACGAAGUAAUGAUUUCACUUCGGAAAGAGUUUCUUCGUUAAUGGCAUACAUUCGUGAAUCUCGAAAAAUUCUUUGGAAACUGUUGCUUGAGCUACCACGUCACAUUGCAAUGAAAGAAUUAAUGAUUCUUCAAGGUGGUACACAAAUUCGUGUUAAGGGAGCUGUUCAGUUACCCAAAGCACCAAUCUGGUUACGUAAAUCUUGUGGUCGUUUACUAUCCCGUUUGUUGGUCCAUCCAGUUGUUAUAAAUAAUACGAACGUUGAAAAAUCUGGAAAUGCCCACAAUUUAGGUGUUAGAAGCUUGUUACUAGCUUCUCUGUCUCUUUGUCCUGGGAUAUUACCUUCGACUGGUCCGAUCACUUCGAUUGAUCCACGUAUUCAACCAAAAAUGAUUUCAACAUUGGCGAAUAUUUUGACAACAAUCCCCGAAUUUCUUCAUAAUUCCUCGGAUGAUUUGACCAGUAGAUCAAGUUAUGAAAAAUAUUUUUCAUUAGUUUCUGUUCAGUUGUUAGAAAUAAUCAAUGCCAAGAUUAAUACCACGCCGAAUACUCAAACGGAUUCAUUAGCUGUUGCUCAUUUCUUUUAUAAUGUUGCCAUUAAAUCGGUUCAUGAUUUAUGCCAGAAAUCUUCUGAAAUUAAUGGUAAUGAUGAUAAUAUUGGUAAAAAAUUAUUACUUUGGCCAUUGAUUGGGUUAUUAAGAAAAUUUUGUCAGAUAUCUUCAGUUGUCUCAGAAAAAGAGUUAGUAAAGGAUAACUGUAAGUUUUCACAUUUUCUGUUCAGUUUCUACAUAUGUCCUUUUUGUAUUGAAGAGAUUUAUGACACAACAAAGCAAUAACUGAUAAAUUUUUAAAAGGCUCUACCUUCUUAUUUCAGGUUUCGAGACUUUCGAUACGAUUGUCUGAAUAGAUUUAUGUUUAACCGCCACUUAAAUGGUUAACAAAUUAUAGAAGAACUUCAAAUGAUAAAUAGAGACUGUAAUAUUAGCAUGAUUUUGAUCUUUUGUGGAGAAGUUAUGUAAGAAAAUCCCUAACUUGACAAAUGCGUAUCUCCUAUUAUUAUAGUACCAUAAUUAGCGAUUUACUACAAAAUAAUAAUAUGAACUAAAAGUCGUGUUGUAUCGUUCUGAUUUUUACACCAACAAAUAAGCUUUAAUCUUUUGUUGAGUAAAAUAAUACCCUACACUGGUUACUGACGGUAUAAUAAUGAAGGAAUCUAUGAGCUGUAAAUGCCCCUGGAAAUUACAUGAAUUAAGACAGGUUUCGAACUGUCAUAUGCAAUAAAAUAAUACUAGUUGAAGAAGUGAAUCAAUCAGCUGACAUACUAGUUAGCUGGAAAUAAGCUAAAUUUGGAUAGGUCAAGGGAUCAAACUUUUGGUUUAAACCAUGUUGAAAUGUAAAGAGUUCAUCGUUAGGGUCCGUUCAAUAGUCGUAGCCUGUUGUUGUAAAAACUGAAUCAUAUGGUACAUUUCCGAUUAUGGUAGCGCAGUUGCAUCCAUUUUCUAUCCUUCCCUGUGUUGUGCUCUUCUGUUGUUUAGUAUUUUCUGGCCUCGAUACUGAAAUUUUCCCAAAUGAGCACAAGAAUUAGGAGUUAACAAUAUAUAUUCCCAAACAGAAUUCCCAUAAAAGACCUUUAGUAUCUUUUUGAUUACUUCACCUGUGCUGGUUGGGUGAGUCAAAAUUAGUUUGUUUUAGGUCUUACGUUGACUAUGACUAACUGAAUGACUGUAUUUGCAAAGAUAAUCAGUUAUUCGCUUGGUUUGAAUAGUCAUGAGUCUUUAAUGAUUGUACUUGAUAUUAAUAAAUACAGUUGAAAAAAGGACUUGAAUUGUCAGUAAAUAUAUCAUGAAUUAUUUAUUCACCUCUGAUUUAGUGUUAUUUCAUAUUUGUGCCUUACAACUCUUUGCUGAUGUAGUAAAAUAUUAUUGUAUCAGACUUAGUUUUAGUUUGCAGCGAUCAGUAAAUCUCCGCGAAUAUUUAACUGAAAAUGGCGUAUUUCUGUUAUUUAUCACAAAGAGUUAGAUUUUUAAGUUGCUUCGGUAUUGACAUUUAAAAUAUUAAUGAUUGCUACACAUAGUAUACUUCUUUUUGUUUUCGUUUCAAUCCAGUUCUUGGAAAAAACCUUGCUGACUGCACACUCAAGUAGAUUGCUAGUGUUGUUGCAUUUAUUUACUUUCGUGAAUGAUUAUGAGAUAGAAUAUAGUUAUUGAAACAAAUCUGCUACUUAUUUGUUAAGUUUACUUCUGCAAUCAUUUUUUUAUGGAAAAAGCGAAAUAGCAAUAGGAAUUUCUCGUUGUAAUUAACUAAAAAAUGAGAUAUAAUCUGGUUUGUAAACGUUCACCUAAAAAUAUCUAGUAUAAAGUGAAUCUAUUUUUAUUUAAAAAUGAUUUUCAGUGGGAUGAUGGUUAUUUUAUAUCAAGAGCCAGGUACUAGGAAACUUCUUUGUCCUAGUCUACCACUAAUCAGUACUAUUCAUUGAUGUUUACUUGAAAUCAAACUGAAGGCCUUUAUAUCUUGUUAAAUUAAGAUAUUUCUAUUCUUUUAGUUAUAGAAGUAGAAAUCAGAAGUUGAUGUCUCCAUAUCUUAACCAUUAUAUACUAUUCAGGCUGGAUGUUUCAUUGGUCGUUUUGUAUUCAAAAGUGGCGAGUGAUUUUGUUUAUUUAUUUCUGAAUAAGCAAUUAAUCAUUAGGUUUAUCUUAUGAAAAACCUGAAAUUUUUUGAGUUGUCUAGGUUUAGCGUUGAAGAAGUCGAGUUUUAACCACUGGAUCGAGUUUCGAAGCCCACUCCACCUACCUUAGUUUUAGGCAGGGUAGUAGUUUCACUCACCCUCACACUAGAAAAAGGUGUCUGACGGUCAAAUACAAAGAUAUUUUCUUGUUUAAUGAGUUAAUUUUAGUCUGUUUUGAUAUAAGGUUUUGCAUAUAUGCGUAAAAUUAAUUCCUUUCGAGUAAAAUUAAAUUAUCAGAUUAUCUUUGUCGAUUUGAUAGUGAUGCAUAUAUCUACAGUUUAACUCAAAUGUGACCAUUCAUGAUUUCCUCAGUAAUUGAGGGCUGAAUACACUGAAUUCGUUUUUCACCCUAUAAAUACGUAUCAUGUAAAGUAUUUUAUCCUCUUGUUGGGAGUAUUUUAGUAAACUAAGCUGCUUUACAUUCACUUUUUUGUUUAUUUUUAAGUAAUAAUACUUUUUUCUCUUUUCUAAAAAACCAAUACAAUGUGCUCACCUCUAUCAGCCUUGGCAUUUGAUUUUACCACGAAAUGUCAACUUGCCUCACAUCAUGAUCUAGCUCGGCUACUAGAAAUUAUAAAAGAUGUAAGUAAAUAAUAUUAUUAACUUGUAUUUCUUUUUGUCAUCUAUUAUUCACAAUUGGUUAUGAUUUAUAAAUUAGACUAUUUAAUUAUUAUAUUAUCAAUGUUAAAUAAUGGAACAAAAUGAUCAUCCAGUGUUCGUCUCAUUUGGACAGGUUCGUGAUUUCGAUGAAAUUCAACAAUCUUCACGACCCUAUACUGACAAUAAUUAGAAUAACCAGCUAAUUAAUAGAAUAAUAUAUUAAUCGAAAUAAUUUUCAAAAACAUUUUGUAAUUUAUUAUGAAUUAUUUUAUUUAUUUAUUUAUUUAAACACAAACAUUGUUACAAGGAGCCACCAAAUAUAUGUACACCACACUUCGUUAUUUAAUUUAUGUGGGGACUGGAAUACUGCCCGGAUCCCCAAACUGAAGCAGGUGGUUUUAUUAGGGGGCCACACCCCAAGCCUCUGACCUAGAAGCCUAAUCCACAAAGCAGUGGAUCAAUGUUCAGAGAUGCAGUUCUAUGGUAGCCGGUGACCAACAAUAGGUUCACACGCCAUUUGUUCCCUCAGGAUCCUGGGACGCAUGUGCACCAUGGGUUUGGAAUCAGGGUUUUACAACUUUCCUAUGUGGAUCCUCCGUACCCACCAACCGGGUUAAGGCGCCGGACAUUCUGUUUUCGUGUUGUCAAUUUCGUAAACAACACCCGUGCUGCGAAAAGGUAGUGAGUAGGGCAACCCUCACAGUGGCUGUAUACGCGUGGCCGUUUGAGAGGUAGUGCGGACUCUCCCCACCCUUGGCCAUACCAGGGCAUUAGGGGGCUCAUGAAUUAAGCUACCUCCAGAAUAAAAUUCAGUUAUCAGAUAUUUCAAUAUAAAUGCCAAUGAUUAUUUAAAUCUUUCAAUUACAUCAGAUAAACUAUCUAAGAUUAUUAAGGUAGACAAGAAAGUUUUGGGAUAUUUCUUAGUUUUAUUGAUUUCUUUUUUCUAAUCGUUGUAAACCGUUUCAACAUAGGUCAGUGCACUGUCAUAUGUGAGUUUGUGUUGUUGUAUUCGGGAAACAGUUCUGGAUAACAGACAAUAAUAAUGAUUUUUGCAUACAUAAAUAAUACUCAGUUUGAUGUUUACAGUUUAUAAAUGUAUUUUUUGAUAGCUUUUUAGAAGGUAGAAUUUAGAUGAUUUGGUCAGAAUUAUAUUCAUGAUAACUUAUUAUCAUUUCAUAUCUGUCAGUUAGCAAACAAUUUUCUAUAGCUUGAAACUCAGUAAUAAUAGACUUUAUGGAUUGAUGCCAUAUUUUCCUUUAACAGUUUUAGUAUUAAGGAUCAGAAAUUAAAUGUAUCAGACUGCAGUGUAUAUAUUUCUUAUACUGUAAGUAAUGUAACCUUUAAUCAAUAAUCUUCGCAUGAAAUUGAUUUAAAAAUUAUAAGUAAACUGAUUUCUGAGUCAUAUCUUUGAAUGCGCUCUCCAACUAUUUUGAUUUUAAGAAGUUAAUGAAACUACCAUCCCUUAUAUGAGGCUGCAUCCGAAAGUCCCUGGGUAUAAACACUUGUACACUUGGUAAAUGCUGACUAGUGUUGGGGAUGGGUGGAAGAAAGUUAGGGGCGGACAAACCAAAACAUAGAAUCAGUCCUUGAAGUUACUAACUUCUAGUCUGAGCCAUGUUGGUAGAUGCAGACUACCCGGUUGUGGUCGGUGCGGUUAUCGUAACCAAUGGUUGAAGACUGUGUGAAAUGAUUGAGAAUCGAUCACGAUGGCGUAGGUGUAUACACUCUUUGUUCUCACUUAAACCGUGAGAUUAAAACCAUUUUAUGUAUUUCUUUCUACGUCGUUAAUUCUUUCUCCCUGUAUCAUAUCCUUAUAUGAAGUGUUGAUUUUUUACUGCCAUUGAGGUAACUGUGCAUAUUAACUUGGUGUUGAUUUUGUUAUGCUAAUGAGGUGUGGUAACUUGGACCGAUGCAUAUAUGUGCUUGGUCUUACGUUGUAGCCGACUGACUUAGUAAAUGAGUAUGAUUUUUUCUGGCUAAAUAAAAAGUGUAUGUACUACAAUCUUUCAGGUCUGUGACGAUUGCUGUUGAAUAAAAGUAUUUUGUGACAUUCCUACAUCUAAC